AUGCAGAGCGAAGCGGGGCUGUGUGCGCUCGGCCUGCUGUUUCUCCUCCACACCGUCCUGGGAGAGGUCCAGCCAGGCGUUCUGGUCUUCUGCGAUGACCCGGUGGUAGAAAAAGCUGCCAGCAGCGCUCUGGACAAGUUCAACGAGAAGGUGCUUGUCGGACACAAGCUGGCCCUCUAUCAGAUACUGGAAGCCAGCAAGGCAGAAAAUGACUCUGGCUCAGUGUUCUCAGUCCAGUUCAGCAGCAGGAGGAGUGACUGUGCAGCAGGGAGCAGCAAACCCUGGAUAGAGUGCAACUACCUGCCUGAUGGGCGCAAGAAGCCCUUUGCAUGUACUGCCACCGUCUUCAUGACAGACACAGAAACAGAGACGACACAGGUGGAGUGUCAGAUAGCUGAGCCCGUCACCCCGGAGCUCGCUCAGUGUCUGGGCUGCCCCGAGGAGGUCGAGGCAAACUCAGAAGACCUGAGGGUUCCUCUUAACACCUCCGUCAACAAGUACAACUCCAUCUCCGACUCCACGCACCUGUUCAAACUGCACACUAUCGGCUACACCACCAGACAGGUGGUGGCAGGUUUCAGGUACAAGUUGAGCUUCGAUAUGAGGAAGACCACCUGCGCCAAGGCCGAGCACAAAGAGCUCAACGACCUCUGUGAGCUCGAUGACAAAGACCUGGAGUUUGUUAAUUGUAACUCGACAGUGGAUGUGGCACCGUGGAGACACGAGCUCCCAGAGGCCAAUGUUGAAUGUGAACCGGGCGCUCUUUCCACGAUGUUUACCAGGCGUCGCCCCCCUGGCUUUUCUCCGCUCAGGAACGUCGUCGACCUCCAUCAGAGCAGCUCCUCCAACAUCGCUCAGCCCUCCGCCAACACGGCCUCAGCCAAGCCGGAGUCCUCCGAGGAGGAGGACGUGACGGCAGCCCCUCUCCCCGACCCGGUCCCCGCCACCGAGGCUGCAGCCGUCAGCCCCUUCCACUGCCCGUCCAAGCCCUGGAAGGAGUUCAGCCCGGUGGCGCCCACCCCUGCAGACCCCACCGGAGCAGGGCCAGCCUUAGCGCCGACACCCUCGGAGGGGGACUUCACUGACUUAGACCUGGUGGACGCGCUGGUCUAG